AUGUUUUGCUGCCAGCUAUGGACAGGUCGCGCCAAGAAAAUACUGACUGAGCUCUUGUUACCUGAAACUAGUCCAAGGUCACUGACACCGCAUGUUUUUGGUGAAGAUUACUUCAGCGUCUUGGCAUCGUUGGACAUUGCUGGUCUGCCUAGCUUUGUGAAGCUGGUGGAGGUUGGUCCCAGGGAUGGCUUACAGAAUGAACAGAGUAUGGUUCCAACAGACAUCAAGGUUGAAUUCAUCAAUCGACUGGCUGAUGCAGGACUGCCUUAUAUAGAGGCAACCAGUUUUGUGUCUCCCAAGUGGGUGCCUCAGAUGGCCGACCACAGUGAAGUGAUGAAAAGAAUCACCAGGCGCCCAGGUACAGUCUUUUCUGCUCUAACACCAAACCUCAAAGGCUUUGAGGCAGCGGUUGCAGCCGGCGUCCAGGAAGUGGCUAUAUUUGGUGCUGCUUCAGAGACAUUUUCCAAAAAGAAUAUCAACUGUUCAAUCAGUGAAUCUAUAGAGAGGUUCAAGGAGAUCACUGAUGCAGCACAUAAGCUCAGCAUUCCAGUACGAGGGUAUGUAUCCUGUGUUUUAGGCUGUCCUUACGAGGGUGAUAUCAGUCCUGACAAAGUUGCACAGGUAGCCAAAAGUUUGUUGGACAUUGGCUGCUAUGAGAUCUCGCUAGGGGACACAAUUGGAGUUGGCACGCCAGGAGCCGUGAAGAAGCUGAUUGCUGUUGUCUCUCAGGUUAUCCCAAUAGACCAGAUUGCUAUACAUUGUCAUGACACGUAUGGCCAGGCCCUGGCAAACAUCCUGGCUGCACUGCAGAUGGGAGUGAAAGUAUUUGACAGCUCUGCAGCCGGUUUAGGAGGAUGUCCGUAUGCUAAAGGGGCCAGUGGGAAUGUCUCCACAGAAGAUGUUGUCUACAUGAUGAAUGGGCUGGCCAUCAGAACUGGUGUGGACAUCCACAAGCUGAUCGAUGCUGGUCACUUUAUAUCUUCUGCCAUUGGACGAAAGUCAGGAUCAAAAGUUGCCAUGGCCACAAAGUCAUCUUUAUAA